UGUCCUAAUCAGAGUUUUAGAUUUGUUUACAAGAUAUUCUAAGACUUUACUAGUCUAGCACAUGGUAGAGUAGACCUUUAGAUUUUGUAUUCGGCUUUUGUUUUUCUCUCAUUCAUAAAAUCUGUAAUGUAGGUCCAGAUCUAGAAGAUCAAUAUAAAGUUUGCAUAUCUAGAUCUACACAAAAUGGGGAAAGUGAAAAAUCAAAGAAAGCGUCUUCAUGAACAAAUUAAAGAACAACAGCAUGUUCAAGUCGGAGAAAGUAACAGAACAUCAAAAGUGAGGCACAGAACAGAAGAUGAAAAGUUUGUUGAUGAGAAGUUGUCAAGAAAAAUUUUAGCUCAGGUUAGGAAACAAGGAGAGGAUUUGCUACAGGAAUUUGAAGGUUUAACCACAGGAGCCAGGCCAAAACAGAAGAGAACAGAAGUGAAGCAUUUCAAAUUGGGUGGAGCCUCAGCUGCAGACAGUGACUCUGAUGAUGAUGCUGUUACCAAACACCUCUUUGAUAAUUUUAGCAGUUUGGAAAAAACUGUUAUGGAAAUCAAUGACGAGGAUGAAGAAGAUCUGCGCAAGUUCAUGAACCCUAAUCCGAAACAAAGAAAAACUCUGGCAGAAAUAAUCAGUGAGAAGCUUGCAGAAACAAAGACUGCCAUGUCAGAAGUCCUAAGUGAUGUUCACAUAGAAGAAGAAAUAGAUGAAACUGUCAGGGAUCAUUUUAUAAAAAUUGGAGAAGUGUUGUCACAUUACAGAAGUGGAAAAUUGCCAAAAGGGUUUAAGGCCAUACCCACAUUUCCUAAUUGGCAGCAGCUUCUGGAACUGACAAAACCAGAGAACUGGACGGCCGCAUCUAUAUAUGCUGGGACUAGAAUCUUUGUAUCAAAUUUACCAAAAUAUCAAUUCAAACAUUUUUGUUCUUUGGUUUUACUGCCUCGUAUAAGGGAUGACAUCCUGGAAUACAAAAGAUUAAAUUUCCACCUCUUCCAGGCUUUACAUAAGGGCAUCUACAAGCCUGGAGAUUUUUAUGAAGGAAUUGUCUUGCCCCUAUGUGAGGCUGGGGACUGUACACUAAGGGAAGCAACUAUUGUUGCUGGGGUACUCUCCCAGUCCUCCAUACCUGUGGGCUAUUCAGCAGCUGCACUCAUUCUAAUUUCAAAGAUGGAUUACAAUGGUGCCAACUCUAUUUUCAUGCGUGCAAUUUUGAAUAAAAAAUAUUCAUUGCCCCUGUCUGCCAUUGAUGCCACAGUAGAGCAUUUUAUGAGGUUUUUAGAUGUGAAUGAGAAAAUGCCAGUGUUAUGGCAUCAAUGUCUGCUGAUGCUAGUUCAGAGGUACAAAAAUGACUUGACCAAACAACAGAAGUCUCAGAUUCUGAAGUUGGUCUGUUGCCAUGACCACCAUGAGAUCACACCAGAGAUCAGAAGGGAAAUCACCCAGAGCAAACGUAGUAGAGGUGACCCAGAAGUGGAGGGUGAAGAGGAUGUUUGACACUGAUUGGAUUCUUGAUUGGUGAUUGAGUUGAGCAAAUGUGGUGUGUGAGAUAUUUGUAUGUGAAUACAAUGAAGUAUUUAAAGUAUGUUUUGUUGGACUUGAUAUGUUGACAUUUGGAAUGUAAGUUUUCUUGUCUAUUAUACUGUGGUGAUAUAUAGGCAACUUUUAAUGUUGCAUUUUCUAUAUCUGUUUAUGAUUUUUAUGACUACUAGACUAAAUCAUAUCUCCCAAAUUAUGGCAAUUGUUUGUGUGUAUGGAGAUUGUACAUAGUGAAAAAUAGAAAUAAAAUAUGACUGCAUCAGUUUUCUCUUA